GGUCUCCUCCUCCUGCUCUGACGCGGGCUCGAGGCUCCCGGGGAGGAUGGACCCAGCUCGGCGCUCGCCGGGGCUUCCCCGGGUUGGAGAGCGCGCCUGAGUGCCGCGGCCGCCGGGCAGGGCAUGGGGAGCCGCUUCCUGGGCGGCUGCGGCAGCGGAGGACGAGGAUGCUCUGGGCAAGCAGAGCACUCCAAAAGAGUGAAUGACAUGUGCAGUGCGAGGCGUCUUUUCUGAAGGGAGGAAUCUUUCUCUUGGAGAGGAUCCUCAAUGCACCUGGCCGAGGCCCAGGACCUGUGUGAAGUGGACUAAGGAUUAAGUAGGAUGUCAACUGAGACAGAACUUCAAGUAGCUGUGAAAACCAGCGCCAAGAAAGACUCCAGAAAGAAAGGUCAGGAUCGCAGUGAAGCUACUUUGAUAAAGAGGUUUAAAGGUGAAGGGGUCCGGUACAAAGCCAAACUGAUUGGGAUUGAUGAAGUUUCCGCAGCUCGGGGAGACAAGUUAUGUCAAGAUUCCAUGAUGAAACUCAAGGGUGUUGUUGCUGGCGCUCGUUCGAAAGGAGAACACAAACAGAAAAUCUUUUUAACCAUCUCCUUUGGAGGAAUCAAAAUCUUUGAUGAGAAGACAGGGGUAAGUAAAAGAAUCACAUGGCGAUGUAAAAUUGAAUCCAUUGACAGAUGUGUCCUUAAAAGCCUCUUCUCUCUGGGCAGGAAUAUCAAACAAGCAUAA